UUUGGCUUCACGGGGCUUUACGAAUCUGACAUGAGCUCCUGUCGUAAAUUUCUUUCUUGCUCCAUGAUUUGUGGUUGAAAGUUUGCGACUGUGGUCACAUGAGUGACAUGAGAUCAUGUGCUGCGCUUUGUUUACACGACGGUUCGUCUUCAGCAUGAUCUUCAGUGUUGUGGCCGUGCUCCCUAUUCAUGUUGGUUCUCCGUAAUAGUGGACGCCUUAAUCGGUAGGCACCUCAAAUGGAACUUGUUCGUUAAGAUUUCGUUGUGUUAAAUUAAAAUGGUGAACCAAGCUAUUCGCCGGCAGAUGUGAAGUCCCGGCCUACUUCAACGAACUUUGUCAACAAUCAAAGAAGCAACUUAGCAGCGUGGGUCCAAAAUGCAUUCGUCAGGCAUCAACCUGGGUAAUCAAGGUUCUUCAAGAGCCCUGGUCCAUGCAGCCCUAACAACUCGCAAUCCGCAGCAGCAACAACAGCAACAGCAGCAGCAGCAGCAACAACAGCAGCAGCAGCAGCAGCAGCAGCAGCAGAUAGGUGCACAGGCUGCAGCUCUUUAUCAUGCAGCCAACCCUGCUCUAGCCAGCAUACCUCACUGGGCAGCCCCAAUGGCAGCGCCGCCAUUUCCAGUUGCCCGUCCAAGCAUUCCCCCACCUAUUUCCUACAGAGCUGUACCAAGGGCAAGCUAUGAUGCAGGUAUGCUCCAUUCACAAGGGCAGCUGUCAUUGCAGGCGCAGCCACAUUGGAACACAUCCUGUGUCCCGGUUCUUCCAGUUUCUUCAUUCUCUAGUCAAUACCGUAGCUAUCAGGCUGCGGCUCUACAACAGCUGACAUCUCAAGCUUACCCAAGCACGUCUAGUCAGGCCUGCGCAAGUUGGAAGCAGGAAACUACCAGUGACAUGAAAAGCAGCAGUGUAGACAGACGAAGGAGCUCCCAUCGCAGCAGGGACAGGUCACGGGAAAGACGGAGAAGUCGUAGUCACGAGAGACGCCGCCGGAGUUCGCCUGGUAGCAGGCGAGAUGUCCGACAGCACUCGCGGGAUGAACCAAGGCAGCAUAGUUCACAUCGAAGCAUGUCACAUUCCCAUUCACCAUCUUCUAGAGAUCGUCACCGUGACUCAUCUCGCCUCAGGUCAUCUAAUUACAGUGGAGCUUCACCACGUUCUCAUUGUUCACGAAGACUCGACCGACAUACAGACAGGAGACGCGACUACCAUGAAGAGAGACGGAAAAAAAGUGAAAUGGAAGAGAAGGAGAAGAGGCGAAGCACAAGCAGGAGCUUCUCAACCAAAACAGGCAGGCAGUCUCCAGAGGAUGGUGAUCAGUCAGAUGAUGAAAUGUCUGCUGGUCAGGAACCUGAGCCAGACGAUGCAGAGGAGGAAGAUUAUCUUUUGGAAUCUGCUCGGUGGAUUCGUAGCAGCCCUGCAGAGCUGUACUAUCAAAGAGAUGAAAAGGUUUCGGGGCUUGUGACAGGAACAGCCAAGCUACACGCCCUGCAGGAUAAAUUUAGGCAUGAGUUGGUGGAAAGAGCAGCACGGGUGAAAAGCAAGCAAGAGCCCUACAAUCCUCCUCCUCGAAAGAACAAGCUCUGCAACCCCAAGUCGCAUCCCAGUAAGUUAACUUUUCAUUCAAGAGUGUCUUGGUGCAAACGAGCUGCUGCAAGGUUGUGUUUUGCUAGGUGUUCCUUGGUUUCCCAGCAGGAUUGCAUUUUUGGGCUUUUUGUCACACAGCAUGCCCUGCUUCUUCCUGUGCUUGUGUGCCACCUUCGUUUCCACAAGUCUCUGGACUUUCUGGAAAGUAUCAUCGAGACAGAGUUUAAGGAUCGUUACCUUCUCCAGCUGGCGUUGACACACCCAUCUUACCGGGAGAACUUUGGCACUAACCCAGAUCAUGCACGCAACUCGCUGACCAACUGUGGUAUCAGGCAGCCUGAAUACGGGGAUCGGCGGAUACACUACCUAAACACCCGGAAACGAGGCAUCAACACCUUGAUCAAUAUCAUGUCACGCUUUGGGCGUCAAGAGGAAACAGCAUCCAGCAUAAGCCACAAUGAGCGGCUGGAGUUUCUUGGGGAUGCAGUGGUAGAGUUCCUUUCAAGCAUCCACCUUUUCUUUAUGUUCCCUGACCUUGAAGAAGGUGGAUUGGCUACCUAUCGAGCAGCCAUUGUCCAGAACCAGCACUUGGCCGUACUUGCCAAGAAAUUGGAGCUGGAGAAGUACAUGCUUUACGCUCAUGGUUCUGACCUCUGCCAUGAUUUGGAGUUACGUCAUGCCAUGGCCAACUGCUUUGAGGCACUUAUGGGUGCCCUUUUUCUAGACAGUGGCAUCAAAGUGGCUGACAGGGUCUUUUCUACAACUCUCUUUUCGGAGCCUGAUCUUCUGGACGUCUGGAUCAACUACCCUCCACAUCCCUUGCAGGAACAAGUGCCAGAGGGUGAUAGAAAGUGGAUUUGCACUGUUCCUCUGCUGAAGAAACUGAAUGAGUUUGAAGAGUUGACUGGCAUCGAGUUCACCCACAUCAGACUGCUGGCCAAAGCCUUCACCCACCGCAGCAUUGGAUUCAACAACCUGACACUGGGUUCAAACCAGAGGCUAGAAUUCCUGGGUGACACCGUCUUGCAGCUGGUUGCAUCUGAAUACCUCUACAAGUACUUCCCAGAACACCAUGAAGGCCAUCUGUCUCUUCUCCGAAGCUCUCUGGUGAACAACCGAACACAGGCAGUAGUGUGUGACGACUUGGGAAUGGUGGAGUACACUAUAUACCCAUAUGCAAAGGCUGAGCUCAAGACCAAAGAUCGCGCCGACAUUCUUGAAGCUUUUCUGGGAGCACUGUUUGUUGACAAGGGCUUGGAAUACUGCAAUGCAUUCUGCCAGGUGUGCUUCUUUCCACGACUACAGGACUUCAUUCUCAACCAGGACUGGAAUGAUCCGAAGAGCAAGCUACAGCAGUGCUGCCUCACACUGCGAUCCAUGGAUGGUGGCGAGCCAGACAUACCCAUGUACAAAGUAAUUGAGUGUAAAGGACCAACCAAUACCAGGGUCUACACAGUGGCAGUCUACUUCAGGAGAAAAAGGCUUGCCACAGGAUCUGGCCACAGCAUCCAACAAGCAGAGAUGGCUGCUGCCUCAAAAGCUCUCGAAGCAUCCAAAGAACUUUUCCCCCAGCUGAGCCAUCAGCGAAGAGUCCUUGAAAGAAGCCUUAAGCAGCGAGCUCCAGGCAAAGAGGAUGAACCAACCACCAAGAAGUCACGUGAUGACUCUUCUACGGAUUCACGAAGCAGGCAUAAUUCAUCAUCACGAUCGCAUGGAAGCCUCGACAGAAGGAGGGCAAGUGGUGAAAGGAAGAGGCGGUCAAGAUCAAGGAGCAGAGACAACCCUAAGCCAGAUGACAGAAAGCCAAAGCAAGUGCCGUAAUUCAUCCUUCAGCGUGUAAACAGCGUAAUGGUGCUUUUGAAAGCAUUUCACUGCAGCCGUUAAUUUGAACAGAAAUGUGAUAUAUAGCCUAUGCAGUGUCAUUUAUGUACGUUUCAUGUGAAGUGCUCUCAAUGUGAGAUGGGUUUUGCAUGGGAGCAUAACAGAGUUCGGAGCAUCAGUUGAACAUGUUUUUGCCAUAGUGUUUGGAUUAUUGUUGAAAUGUUUGUGCUCAACAGACUGCCAUUCUUCUGUCAUGGUUUAGACGACUGCAUCUGCACAUGUAAUUCAUUAAGCAUUAUAAGUGCAUUAAUUACUAUUUUGAAUGUGUCAAUCCCAGACACAUAGAAUUUAAAAAUAUAGAGUAUGCCUAUGUGAGCUUAUCUGAGACCUCUGUACAUCUAGCACAAUAUGGAAUGAUCUGAUAUGCUGAUCAAAAUCCAGCGACUGCAGUGAUGUCCAUUGGCUAUGCAGUAGACACCCAAAGCCAUGGAUAUCCAGCUAUGAGGUCAAUGAUAGCCACACUUUCGGUGUAUACUGAGUACUGCCGACAUCCUUUCCAUGUCUGUAAGGGGCAUCAUGGGGACAUGCUGCAUACAUUUUAUGGACAUGUUGGGGCCUCUUGCCUAGUAAAUUUGUGAUUAUGUUUGCAACUCACACUGUAGGACAGAUGCAACUGGCAGAACACCCACACAGCAAGAUCAGAUACGUUGCAAGCAGAAGUUAUGCACGUAUGCAUGCGUGGAGAGGUUCAGUGUACUCCUCAUAUUUCUAAGCUUUCCACCAGAAAAAGUUUCAUAUUUAACUAACCGGAGUUUUCAAAGUAAAUUGCAUAGAGAACUCUCAAAUUACAUCCUCAGCGAUCUAAGGGCUCUAAUACAAUGCUUGUACACGAGCUGCAGACAUCAUAGCUGGGGACAGCAUUCUGUUAAAGAGUGUAAAAGGCUUUCAGAUUCAAUACGUAUUCUAUGCAUGGAUGUCGAGAGUGUUGGGCGACAAACGGCACAAGAGUUCAGCGUCCUAUGCAGGGACCUACUCAAGGAAAAGAUGGUGUUAUGUCUUCUAUGAUUUCUUAUGUAUGGAUUACAUAUUCGACUUGAAAGCCUUUCACACUUGUUGAAGCAGUCUGCAGCUAUGGUGUCUGUAACUUGCUUAUAUGCAUCAUACAAGAAUUCUUAAAUGAGAGUGGUCAUGCCUUGCAAGUCUUCUACGCAAUUUGCAUUGAAAACUGUGGUUACAUAAUUUAAGGAUGUGCUUUGGGUUCAAAUAAUUCAAUUCAACUUCCAAAUUUAUAGUAUUCUAUGAAUAUGAAUUUUGUGAAUUCGUUUUGUCAAAUUAUUUGUGCAGUCAAACCAAACUAUAUCGAACACGGGUAAAUCGAAUUAUCCUUUAUAUCGAACUAUUUUCGAACACAACAAUGCUUUAACAUCAAUGCAUAGGAAAAUCUACGGCUACAUCAAACAACAAUAGCCAGCACGCUUCAUACAUUGAACAUAGGGCAGUGCGGAAUGCCCUGAGGAGUUUGUUUUCCCUCACAAGAGAUUGGCUUUUUUCUCACGGAAGGGGACUUUCUGUCACGUAUUUGGGAGAGGGUGCUGUGUGAUUAGGAGGGUGCCACACGAAGUGAGUAGACACUAACACUUGCCAUCACAUGCUUCCGCUCACAAUUCCUCGCUGUCGCACCCAUUGGCACUCUGUGCGCAGGUGCCGUUCGCUUCUCCGCGAUUCUCGACUCCCUUUGUUAGUGUGAUGGGUGCCGUAAAAUGGAAGAACCUGUUGUGCUCCGCACAGCUAGCGAUAAUCAACACAGCCAAAUGUGGAGAAAAUAAGUCUGACUUCGCCACUGUGUACAGCAUCCCAAGAAGCACGCUCGAUGCGAUCAAAGAACAUGGCCGACAUAAGGGCCAAGGCGGACUCGAGGCUUCCAGCACCCAACGAGUGCACGCAGCUGCGUAUAGAAAUGUUGAGAUGCUGUUUACAUAGAUACCGUAUUUUCUCGCGUAUAACCCGCACUCCCAACUACAGACAAAGGAAAAAUAAAGAACUAAAAAAGAAAGAGCCCCAUGUAUUGGCGUGUAGCUGCCUCUCUUACAAUAUCAUGAAGCAGUGCGCACUGAAGUGCGCACUGAAGCACUGAAGUUCACACCUAAAAUAUGGUAAAUUCUUUAAAAUGUGUAUGUCGAAUUGUACGAUAUAUCAUACUAAUUCCCGCAUUUUUAUAACUUCAACAUAUGCGAGUUUGACUGUACUUGCAAAUCAUUUGACACAACUAAUAACAAGAACGUGACCAAUAUUGCGACUUGAUCAGGGUCGCUAAAACUCACUCUAACACAUGUUUCUCUUAAAGGAGAUUAUAUGUCAUUUUUGCGUGUCAAAAAGAAAUAAUUAGAAAGAGGCAUAUGUGCGAGUGCAUUCCACAAUGGAAAUUUAUGAACGCAGUCACUGGGCUGAUUAGUCGUCCUUGCUAGUCACCCUCAAGCCAGCCCGAUGCCCAGGUCCCGCUGGUAUUGAAGUAUGUCACCGGUAUUUCCACUUUUUUGGGAACGAAAACCACUGCGGUUAGCGUCACAUGUGACCAUUUGGUCACGCUACAGCCGGAACUGCGGCCUCACAUGUUCAUAAACUCCGCACUUGCGUCUCGCUGCACAGUUGUUAGUUUUUUUGGCAAGGUGAAUGGCAGCCCUCUUGAAUGCUGUGAACAAGCACCAGAAGUGUUUUUAUUAUUAUUAUUAUUAUUAUUAUUAUUAUUAUUAUUAUUAUUAUUAUUAUUAUUAUUAUUAUUAUUAUUAACUCGGUGCACUCGUGAUGGUGAAGCACGAUGAUCAAGCACAAUAGGACAUGGCACACGGCCAUCAGAAAAAAAAAAAAACAUCUUAAAGAGCCAAAGACAGCAGAACAUCUUCCAGCAGCCUAUCAACUAUACCGGUACAAAUCGCCGCUGUUUGCCAUCAGGAGUGCUGUUGACUGGAACAGCAGCUCCUCCAUCAACGAUCGAAACUGCCACGUGCACACACUUUGGUACUUGAUAUUUCAUUCAACAUUCAAUAUCUUUGGCCACUAUUUGGCCAUAUUCGAUUUGAGAUGAAAUAUUGCUAUUUGCACACAAAUUUCUCUUGUGGAAAGCUUUGAAAUGUAAAACAACUUGGACCCAUGAGGGAAAUGGAAAGGCGGGCAUGCUUUUAUUUUUUGCAAUUGCAAGGACUCAUUGGAGGCUGAGAAGUUGGACGUCAACAAGAGCAGUUCCUCCUAUGCUUACUAUCCCGGGAUAUGGCACGUAUGCUGCGCUGGUCUCUCACCAAAUUUAGAUGCAGUUUACUGUUGAAAUCUUUCCAGAAUUGGCCUCUUCAGGUUCGUGUGCCAGCCCCGGCUCUAAUUGUAAAAAUCAUAGGUCAGCAAACUCACUCAUGAGUCGACUCACUCAGACUAGGAUCGAGCCGUGAGUCCGGGUGAGUAAUAUUUUGGUGAGCUUGAGUCCGAGUGAGUCCGGUUGAGAAAAUUUUUAGUGAGUCUGAGUCCGAGUGAGUCCGGUUGAGGAAAACUUUGGCGAGUCUGAGUCCAAGUGAGCUCUAAGCACAAAAUAUAUUUCUUGAGUAAGUCUGACUGAGCUCUACACCUUUUUGCCGACCUAUCGUUCUAUUUACACUACUUCAGCAUUACUAUCAGCCUUAUGUUGGCUCACGUUUAUAGUCCCGUCGACUCACACAUAUUCAAAGUCCUAGAGUUCAUACGCCAGCUCAAUAUUUAUUGAUCAGAGGUGUGAGUUACAGAGGUAGUGGGGUACCAUGACCUGCCCCCGAAAACUCUUUCACAGGAAGUUCUUGAUAAAAAUAUUUCGUCUGAGUCAUCUCUUUCAAUAAAAAUGUCCUUACUGGAUUGCAACCACUGGUAACUCAUAUUUGAAGGUACGAGAUCAAAAGGCGCCAAGCAGAGCACCAAUUAUGCGAGAUAUUGGUGUGAAAGAGCAUUGACACCAUAGUCGAUAAAACCAAUUAUACGAUAACAGACUCAUGAGUCGACUCACUCAGACACAGAUAGAGUCUGAGUCAGAGUGAGUCCGAGUGAAUAAUAAUUUCGUGAGUUUGAGUCCAAGCGAGUCCGGCUGAGAAAAUUUUCAGUGAGUCUGAGUCCGAGUGAGUCCGGUUGAGGAAAAUUUUUGUGAGUCUGAGUCCGAGUGAGCUCUAAGGGCAAAAUAUAUUUCAUGAGUGAGUCUGAGUGAGCUCCACAUUUUUUGCCGACCUAUGGUGAAAAUAAAAAGUGGGCCAACCCAGCCAGAGAGAUCUCUGUCGAAUAUGUUCACAUUUAAAAGAUUUCUAGGUGCAUGACCUGCAACACUCAGCUCUGCAACAGCGAGCUGCUUUCGUUUCUACAAAGCGGUGCGUGCUGGAACGCGGUCCCGCACAACGAGGCGGCAGUGAUCGGCGGCUAAAAGUGUGCAGUAGGCUUAAGGUAGCGCUACGCGACACGCGUGCCCGAGAACGCAGCUGAAGAUGCUUAUUGCGAUAAGGUUGUCAUCGAUAAGUCGUACCAGCGCGUUCGCCGGUGGCCAUCACCUCACAUUUGUUCUUUCUCUAUGCGUACCCGCAAAGGCAUAGCGCAGGACUCUCCAGCUCCGUCGAUGCAGUAGGCCAAUAAGUAGUCGCAGCCUCAACUGAUUUCGUUCGCUCAAACCACUGCUGAGAGCAGCAUGAUCGCAGCGCGUGAAUGCAUUAGCCACGUGUUUUUUGUAUUUUGCGGGCUUUUCUUGCAGCUUGGAACAAAUGGUACACGUGAAACUUUCUUUAUCGCAAAUAAUGCAGUGGGAGUUUCUGAAGACACUCUCGAACUUUGCAAAUCCCAUUUCUUGCCUAAAAUCAAUAUUUAGCAAUUUAGUUUAAUUAUACUAAUUAAUAAACUAAUUACAAAAACAAAAAUUGUCUUUAGUGCACAACAUGGCAGUCAACAAUACGCAACUGAUUUCACUCGCCUGCCUCUAAUAUUGCAUAUUUUAGCCCCUUGGCACAAGUUAGCUGGGAUACCCGGUAUAUUUGUGCGUUGCUAUGAACAGUUUUCAUGCUGCAGCCAGCAUGUUGGUGCAAUAUACUUCACUAGUGUCACCGCUUCUGUACAUAAUCCUACUUUUGUUUAUUUUUUGUGCUUAUUUUGAGGGCUUGCUGCCUAUGUAGAAAUGAUUACGUAAACUGAGGGAACUUUAAACUAAAUUAAAGCUACAUUUUCUUCUGUGUGCUUUAUGAAAAGCCCGUGCCUGCUCCAAACACAGGGGUUGCUGCUCCAAAAGCAGAUUUUGCCUGCUCCAAUGGCUGCUCCAAAAUGCUGGAAGGCAUUCCCACCACUGUAAUGCCUGUAAAACAAGAACCCAAGUUUCUUGAAGUAACGUAUGACAAAAAAAUAUCUUCAGAAGUUUCUGGCUCACAUAAACACAUCAAAAGUUAAGGCAAAUAGAGCACUCGACAUUCUCAAGUGUUAUCAGAUAAGUAUUGGUGUUCUAAUUGAUUAUAUCUGCUGGGCCAUUUCUUGCCAAAUGUCCCAGACAGUGCACUCGACACUUCUAAAUAAAUUAUAGGAAAUCGUGGCCAAGCACUUUGCUGCGUUAUUUGACCUCGUCACCUGUUUUUGGAGGGAAAAAAAAAAGAUUUUUAUUCUCUCGGCAAUAUGAAUAUCGAGGCACUGGCUGAGACCAAUGUGGCGGAAAAAAUUUGCAAAAAUAAUGCUAUAAUAUACAGACAGCCUUAAAUGGAACCGUGCUUCAUCAUUAUAGCCUAUUGACAGCUGCUACAAUGUCUCAUAGUGUGUUUUGUAGUGAAGCACUCUUAUCAAUUCUGGGCUACUUUUGAGGAUUUUUUAAAAUGUUUUACGAAGACGAUACAGCCACUAUUCUUUUUUUUUUUUAAUGCAGUUGGCAGUAGGUGCGGAAAAAGUGAAGUUGAUGAGUGAGUGCCAAAAGUGCUGUUUUGAAUUCAUCACCAUUAUGUAUUCUGAUAGUGCGAGACAUAAUUCAUUUGGGUGAUAUUAGGAGAAACACAUUUACACUUCAUAGGCAUGCCACGGAGCACUCAUUAUAUAAAAUGUGGUAGUGCAAUUCUAUACUUUUGGAUGGGAUUUCCAAAUGGAUGUUACAAACAUUUGACGUAGACAAUAAUUCUAGUGUAUCUGGGAUCGAUGCAUUUAUUUUUGUUUUUGCAUGAAAAAAAUCUGAUAUUUAAAGUGGUGAGGUUUUUCUGUCUUUUUUUUUAUUUCUGGACAGUUUUCUGUGUUCUAGUGGGACCUAAUUUUUAGGUUUCAUCCAGAUUUGCCUAGUAUUAUCACUGUGUUUACACUACUGAAGUGAUGUUGUGUACUGUGUGUUUUGUGUAUGUACAUUGAACAGAACUUUUUGUGCUCUUGGUCAUACGUAACUCUGCUCUUUCAUUGUAACCAUCAUCUCAUUAUUUUAUGCUUCUUAUUUGUUGGGUACAUUAUUGACCCUCACUUGUAUUUAAUUGCAUUAGAUGUAGUAAAUUGAUUCAAAUAAGCUUUGUCUUUUGUCUGUCCCUAUCUCUAGAUUGCUUCAUUUUUCUUCUCAGCUUUGUAUGUAAAGAAAUAGUUGUGACUCAGUCGUGCAGUCAGUUUAAGAUUCCCUCAUUACACAUUGCUACUGGACGUUAUCCACUGGAUGGUGGUUCAAAAAUGAGUGCUGGAAAGGCGAAAAAGAUGUGCAGAAACUACCGAGUAGGCUUUUUUUGCACACAUCUUGGUUGAUUGAAACAUCAUACUACCUCAUGAUUUUAUAGUUCUAGAGGUAAAAACCAAGCUAUCGCAAACCAGAAAUAAGUGUUGUGCUGGUGUGUUCCUCUUUGGGGUGGCUCCCUGCUUUGGCUUAAAGGA